AUGCGCUUUCAAGCCGCAGCGCUCAGCGCGCUCUUCCUUGAGUCGGCCGCAUCCUAUGACUUCUCUGAUAUGGCAAAAUCGAUACUUCCAGCACAAAAAUUGGCAAAACGGGAAAACACGACGGACAUACCCUUGCCCAUCAAUGUGGAGGCAUCACAAUACUGGGACGGUGCCGAUGGACCUUGGUCUUCGUUUCCGCUCCAGGUCGGCACACCAGCGCAAGACAUUCGAGUCUUCGUCUCGACAAAUGGAUACACCACUUGGACCGUGAAGCCGUUAGGAUGUCAGGGUAUGGCAGGAUCAAUAUCUGGAUGCGAAGAGUCUCGCGGCGAAUUCUUCCUGACCAACACGUCUCUGACAUGGGUGCCCAACUCCAUAUUCCAAUUAGGAUUGCCGAAUGAGAUGGCCCUGGGUCUUGACGAUGAGGCAAAUUAUGGAUUCGACACUGUCACUUUGGGAUGGCAAGGCUCUGGUGGACCUUCAGUACAACACAGCACCAUCGCAAACAUGGGUUAUUACCAAUUCUGGCUUGGAACCUUUGGACUAAACCCACAACCAGCCAACUUUACAACCUACACAGAUCCUCAACCGAGUUUCAUGACCCAGCUGAAGAGGAACAACACUAUUCCGAGUUUGAGUUGGGGCUAUACUGCUGGUAACCAAUAUCUUUAUGGAAGCCUCGUACUUGGUGGUUACGAUCAGUCCAAGUUUGAACCUACUAAUUUGACGAUGCCAUUCGGUGCCGACGUUUCAAGGGAUCUCCUCGUUGGAGUACAGUCUAUCAAGACCGGAAACGCUGGAUUGUCAAACUCUUCUGACGCAUUCUACGCCCUGAUCGACUCGACUGUUGCCUAUCUUUACUUGCCGGAAUCCGUCUGUACAGCUUUCGAGAACGCAUUCGGCCUUGUCUACGACGAAUAUUAUCAGUACUACUUGGUCAACGAUACCAUGCACACCAGUCUUCUUGCAUUGAACAAAUCAGUCACAUUCACCCUUGGCCAAUCGACCUCUGGAGGACAAACGACCGAGAUCACAUUACCUUAUGCGGCCUUUGAUCUGGAAAUCGCGUUCCCUUAUGUAGCCAACUCGACGCGCUAUUUCCCUCUGAAGCGUGCAGCGAACGACACCCAAUACACUCUGGGUCGUACCUUCCUGCAAGAAGCAUAUGUUGUCGCCGACUACGAACGUCGCAACUUCACCGUUGCUCCUUGCGUAUGGGAGCAAAACUCGGCAUCCGAGAUCCGCACCAUCUUCUCACCAGAUAGCAAAUUCUCGUUCGGCGGGAAGAGCAGUGGUAUCAGUGGUGGUGCUAUUGCAGGUAUUGUGAUCGGUGUUCUCGCCAUCAUCGCCAUCCUCGCCGGAGCACUUUGGUUCAUGCGCCGCAAGAAGCAACAGAAGAAGUACGCAGCUGUGGAACUGGAAGCCAAAUCCCUUGCCGCAGCACAAACACCAUCUGGACCCUCAUCGCCCAUGAAGGAGGAUCCUCAUGCAGGCGUCAACACGCCAACUGGAGGUGAGCUCGACGGCUCGAGACAGGUUCACGAAAUCGCUGGCCCGAGCAAACCCAAUGCAGCCGAGAUGGAUGCGCCAUGGCGUGGCGAGUUGGAUGCUGCUGGUGGUCAUCAUGAGUUCUACGGCAAGCUACCGCAGAAUACUUUUGAGAUGGAAGGAAACAACGAGCCCAUCUUCGAGAUGGAUGCCACAGCGACACAACUGCAUGAGUUGGAACCCGACACUAGACGCCAGAGUUGGGACUCGGGUGAUGAUAGAGGAGAUGAGAAGAGGUAUUUGCAGAUGCAAGGGUACUAA